CUCAUGGAUCGCAGCCCUGUAUUCCAGGACGACUUUAUCUCUCUCUCCCCCCUCUCUCUUUUUUCUCAACAUUUUGUUUCACUCUUUUCAACAUUUUUAUUUUAUUUUUCUCACUUUCUCUUUACGACUCUUGGGUCCUCCUUCGCACUCUUCCCUCUCUUACCCAAGCACAACCAACAUACACUAAAGAAAAGCAUGCCCAGGGAAACCGGCACCCCCAACACAUCGCAGUGCCUGGCAGCCGGCGGAUUUGCCGGUAUGGCCGUGGACACAGCACUCUUCCCGCUGGACACGAUCAAGACGCGGCUCCAGGCCAAGGCCGGCUUCAUAGCCAGCGGUGGAUUCCGCGGCAUCUACUCGGGUCUGUCCUCGGCAAUAAUUGGGUCGUCGCCCGGAGCAGCAAUGUUCUUCCUCACAUACGAGCAGACCAAGGCGGCGCUGGAGCGGCGACACGCGACCAAAGAGUACCAGCCGUUUAUCCACAUGGCAGCGGCCUCAGCGGGCGAGAUCGCCGCCUGCCUCGUACGCGUGCCGACCGAGGUGAUCAAGCAGCGGCUGCAGGCCAAGCACCACAGCUCCCUGGCGGGCGCCAUCCGCGGCACCUACGGUGCCGAGGGGCUUUCAGGGUUCUACCGCGGGUACUUGACGCAGGUUGUGCGUGAAAUCCCCUUUACGUGCAUCCAGUUCCCUAUCUACGAGUACAUGAAGCAGUGGUAUGCUGCGCGCCAGGGCCGGCCGAUCAAAUCGUGGGAGGCUGCGGUCUGUGGGUCAUUUGCCGGUGGAACUGCCGCCGCACUGACAACGCCGCUGGAUGUGGUCAAGACGCGCGUGAUGCUGUCGACGAAGGGUGUGGGUGGUCAUCUGGAGUACUCGGGCAUUGUGUCGACGCUGCGCCGUAUUGCUCGCGAAGAGGGCGUGCGGGCGUUGUUCAGCGGCAUUGUGCCACGCACAAUAUGGAUCAGCAUCGGCGGCUUUAUAUUCCUUGGCUCGUACGAAAAGGUCAAGGCCAUGUUGCUCGAUGCCGGCGUGUUUGCUAACAAAUGAGGGGAAGACAGGCGGGUUUUUUUCCAAAUCCAUGACGGCGGUUUCUUAACGAUUUCUUAAUGCUUUUUUCACUGUGUUCCUGUGUGGGCAGAUUCUGCUUGUUUAAUUUAAAUACUAUUAGGUUGAAUGCACUACCUAUCCUAAUU